AUGAGGAUCCUUCUCCCAGUCCUGCUGAGCACCCUGCUUUGUGUUGGGCCAGCUUACAGUAUUAAGUGCUACAACUGUACAGGAGUAAAGCAAGUCAGUCAGUGCAACACUACUCAGUGCCCGGGGUCUUCAACUUUCUGUGGGAAUUUGGAAGCUGAAGAUAAAAAUGGACCAGCAGAUAAAAAGAUAUACUUCAAAGGAUGUACUAGUUCCUGUGUAAAUUUUUUCAAGGAAUUCUUGGAAAAGGCCCAUGCAGAGAUCCCUCCAACUUUAAUUGAAGUGGGUUAUUCCUGUUGUUCAAAGGAACUGUGUAAUGGGGCAGAUGGGAUCAGUGGCAGCCCCUUGGCACUGAUAGGGGCACUCCUGCUUAGCCUUGGACCUGCCUUCCUCUGGGCUGGGCUGUGAGAACUUCAGUCACUUCCUUGUGAUUCCUGCCUUGUGGUUUCUCUUAAGCCUCAGGAACAUAUAAGCAACUUCCUCCUUGCACUUUCCCUUCCCCGAUCCUGACCAAUUGCAUGUAGAAUUUAAUAGAACUUUGUCAAUUCUAGUAGACAUAUAUACAUGUGUAAGGAUGCAUGAUAGAAACAUAUCUACAUACUAUAGAUGCUCAGACACAAACAUUUACUAUUCCUUGGAGUUAUCAACGCUUCUGCAUGAUCUUGUUUGUUACCAGUGGGAGCUACCCGGGAAUGAUUGAGCACUUAACCCCUUUUAGGGGUAUGUGUGGAGAGCCCUCAGAGGCCUGUUUCUCUGGAUGUCUUUCUUUUCUUAGUUUCAUUUAGGCCUUUUAUUUUUAUAUUGCAUCCUUUUCUAAAUGUAUCCAUUCCAUUCUCCCCUGAGCGAACCAUCUCUUAUACCAAAAGCUAAAAGAAACAAAAGCAUUUCAGCAAAAUCAUCCAACACAAUGAAUCACAUUUAUCAGACUAAGCAAUGCUUUGUACCCAGAGUCCCCUUCUCCAGUGAAAGCAAGGAGAUGCAUUUUCUCAUCUCUUCUCAGGUACAAUUAAUCAUUAUAAUAUACAGUGCUUGGUUUCAUUUAAAAAUGAUUUCCAUUUGAUGAUAUUGUUGUUAUUGUGUUUAUUGUUCUUGUAUUGCUUACUUUACUUUCCAUAUGUUACUAUGUCUUCACAGGUUUCUUAAGAUUCCUUAUAUCUAUUGUUUUCUACAGUGCCAUUCUUGAAAUGAUGAAUGCUCACUUGGUUUACUGUAUCUUUCCCUCAACAUUCCCAAGUCUCUUUGUAGGGAGAAAAAUGCCCCUAUGAAAGGGCAUCAUGAUGAUAAUAAUAUUACCAUUAAUAACAUUAAAUAAUGAUUAAUUAUUACUGUCAAUAUUUAAUGAUAAUGGAUUAGUAAUACCAUUAAUAGCAUCAUCACAAUAGUAAUGUUGAUGUUCACCGUCCAAUCAAAAAGCAGUUCUGUCAGGUUGGUGGCAAUGUUUCCAUACAUUCUUUAUAUCUAGUCUUUCCCCUUUCCUCCCACCCAAUCCUUUGUACUUCCUGUCUCCUUUUCUAGGGGGGAUGACCCUGAAGAAAAAAGGAGGAAGACAUCAACUGCUAAUUUCUAGUUCUACUCUCAAAGUUAUUCUUUAAUUCAGGAGAGUGCCCUACUGUCAAUCUUUUUUGGUGGGUGGUGGGAUGGGAGAAGAAUUAGAUAAAUAACUGUAAUAGAAAUAGUCCAGGACUUAGAGGAAGACAUGGAUAGGUUGAAUCCUGGCUUUAUUUCUUCCAAAUUAUGUAAAACUGGGAAAAUUAAUUCCUUCUGUUCUUCACUUUCUUUAUCUAUAAAUGCACUAUUGAGCUCACAGGGACCUGGGGAGGAAAGUCUCUUUAUAAAUUUGAAAUCAUUAUGGAAAUGUGAAUUGUUAUUCUUUGUAGUUGCCACCAGCCCCUUACUGGCUUAAUAAAAUCUUA